AUGGAUUACGAGAACCGCAUCAAAGCUUACCGGUUCGUCGCCUACUCGACGGUGGCCUUUUCGGUCAUCUCCGUCGUGACGGUCUGCUUCACGCUGCCCAUGUUGCACAACUACGUGCAGCGCGUCUCCGACGCCAUGGACAGAGAGCUUGCCAUGUGCAAGGUAAGCCCAGUUCUUGGCUUUUUUCGAAAUUUUCUGGCUCCGAAUUUUCGUAGCUACCUUCGUUUAGAAGCUGGCUACAUUUUGGAUUUAAUUUUUGGCCCAAAAUUUAACUUAAUUUUGCAAAAAAAAUCGUUUCAUGGUUUAAUACCUCCGUUUCCAGGGCUCCGCCAGUGACAUCUGGUCCGAAGUCAACCAUCUGAAGCAGAUCCCAUUCGCCGGCAACCGUACCGCUCGUCAGGCCGGCUAUGGCGACGCCGCUGUUGGAGGUGGGGCCGCUGCCGCUGGCUCUUGCGAGGCCUGCUGCUCCGGUGGCGAGGCCGGCCCACCAGGUCCACCCGGAAACCCCGGACGCCCCGGUAACCCCGGAGCGCCAGGAACCCCCGGACAACCUGGCCGUCCAUCCACUCAACCAUGCGAACCCGUCACCCCACCCCCAUGCAAGCCCUGCCCAGGAGGACCACCCGGCCCACCCGGACCACCAGGAGCUCCAGGAGACAAGGGACCCGACGGACAGCCCGGCCAGAGCGGAGGAAACCCCAUUCCCGGCCCACCCGGACCAAAGGGACCCCCAGGCCCACCAGGACCCCCAGGAAACCCAGGACAGCCCGGUCAAGCCGGACAGCCCGCCCAAUCCCAGGACGCCGGACCAGGUGCCCCAGGACCCGCCGGAGACGCCGGACCACCAGGACCACCCGGCCCACCAGGACAGCCCGGUCAACCAGGAGGCCCAGGACAACCCGGACCCAAGGGACCACCCGGCCAGCCCGGAGCUCCCGGAAACGACGGACAGCCCGGCCAGCCCGGUCAGCCCGGUCCCCCAGGAGGCCCCGGAGAGAAGGGUAUCUGCCCCAAAUACUGCGCCAUCGACGGUGGAGUCUUCUUCGAGGACGGAACCCGACGCCGUUAA